AUGAAUGAUGUUGAAAAAAAGCUGAAUCACAUAAAAGAAUUUGUCCAGACAUUUUAUUUCGCGAAAAAUGUGGAAAUAGUGAUUGAUGAAUCUUCCAUAAAAAAUGUAAAUAAAACGCCCAAGGAAAAUAACGCAAGCGUAAUUAACCUAUACUCCUGUUACUCCGUGUGGCUAUGUAUGAAUGAGAUUUACCCCUCAUGGUUUGACAUAUCGAUUCACCCGGCUCAAUUUGAUUCGGAGUUGGAUGCCUACGAGUGCUUGCUAAAAUAUUUGAACGAAUACCACGAAAACAAGUUCGAAAGGAUAAUCAAAAGGGUUAUCGAAAAUUUAUUAAGCUUGACAGUGAACGAGUUCAUCGAUAUAUACAGCUUAGUAAUUCUGGCUGCCCUCGUCUCGGAUGACAAGCAGAAACACAUAAAUAACAUUUUGUCCCUUAGUCAUGAAACGCAAAAAUACAUACAUAGCAUUGUGGAGGUUUUGGACAAAGAGGAAAAUGCGGGCAAGGAAAACAAGCUAUCAUCCCAGGACAAUACUGCUAAAGAAGCUGCAAACUUGACUGAAUCCAUGAAGAACGAAAUCAAGCAGCUGAAGGAAAAAGUGAAAUAUCUAGAAAUGGAAAAUGAAAAUUUAACCAACUCACUGACAGAGAAAAAUAAAACAAUCGCGGAGAACACUGCAAAGAUGGAGAAUCUGCAAAAACAAAUUAAUACCGCUUGCGAAAAGUCUAAGAAUCAAUAUAUGACACAGAUAGAAGAACAAGAAAGGAAAAUCCAUGAGUUGCAAAGCAACUUAGAAAAACAAACCAAAGAUAAAAGCCUCUUAGAAAAUGAUUUAAAAGGAAAAAUCAAAGAGUUGGAGGAUGAACAAAAUAUCUUGAAGCAAGAAAAUUCCAAUAUCGAAAAUUUGCAAAAUAAAAUAAAUAAAUAUAAAGAAAAAUUGGACAGCCUAAUGGUUGUUCAAAAUAUAAACAAGGAAUUGGAGGAUAAGCUUAGAGUUAACACUCAAAAAAUGGUGGACAUGGAGAAUGAAGUGGAAAAGUUGAAGCUCGAAUCAAGCAAUCUCAUCAUGUAUAAGGAUAAAUGCGCAGAUUUGGAUGCCAACUUAGUGAACGCAAAGACGGAGAACGAAAAACUGAAACAAGACCUUGACGAGAAAAACAAAACUCUGCAAAAGCUGAAAAACGACUUAGAAGCGAAAAACCAGUCCUACGAACAACUGAAGAAGGAGCAAAAUUUUGAUAAAAUUAACAUUGGACUAAGCAACGUGGACCAAACGGAGGAAUUGAUCAGACUUAAAAAGGAAAACGAAAAUUUAAAGCAGAAAGUGUCUGGAGACACCAAUCACGACAUGAACAAAGUGAAGGAGCUGGAAAACGAAAUUGACGAUUUAAAGAGAAUAAACAAAAAGCUAGAAAAUAAAAUGUCCGAAAUUAUAGAUAAGCAGGACGCAAAAGACGAUCCAACUCUGCAGGAAAAAUAUGAGAAAACGUUAAAAGAAAUGGAAGAGAAGCAGAAACAAGUAGAAGCAAAGCAGCAAGAAAUUAAAGAGCUUAAUGAGAUGAACCAAAAGAUGAAGAUAGAGAUGUCUAAUAUGCAGGGGAAUUCAGAUGUAGCAACAAAUGAAAAAAUCAUAAAACUAGAAGCCGAGUUGCUAAUGGAGAAGAAGAACUGUGGACUUGUUGAGGAGACAACAAAGAAUAAACUGAGCAAGGAAUUUAAUGCGGCUUUACAAAUUUUUAAGGAACAAUUACAAAUUAGAGAAAAGGAAACCGAAUACUACAAGGACGCACUGAAAACGCAAAUUGAUAUUUCCAAGGAUGAACAGAAAUUAUUAAGCCAAAUUAUCCAUGGCUUAGGUCUCAAGUACAAACAGUUACAAACUUACAAUUUGUCCUUACGGAACGAAAUCACAGCAAUAAAAUUAAGAGCCCAAACAUGCGCAGAAAUGGAGAAGAAAUAA